AUGAAUAAAAUUGCAUACUUGAGAAAGUUUAUAUCUAAUAAUUUUUUUUUUAAGAAUAUGCUAAUAGCAGAUAUGAAAAUAAAAAAAUCUUGCAUAGUAGAAAAUUACGAAAAGAAUGUUAGAAAGAGUGACUUUAUUUGUAGCAACUUAAAUAUAAGAAAAGAGAAUGAAAUUAAAAAUCAUUCUUUCUCUUUUUUUUUUAAUAGUGAAUUUUUAAUUGAUAAAAAGUUUCUAAAUAAAAAAAAGGAAGAAGUAUUAUGCUUUUGGAACAGGAGCCCUGGUGCUAGAUAUCCUAAAAAGGCUAACAAUGGAGCACGUCCUGAUUGUCGUUCUGUUAGAAAAAUUAGAAAAAGGCUGAAAACAGGCAAAUAA